AUGUUGACUGUCCAUAAAAUGCAGUUUAGCAUCUUCUUGCUGUUGUGGGGAUGGGUUUUGUCUACUGAAUGCAGAGCUCACCGGCAAGGAAAAGAAAUACAUGAGGUAUAUAAGAAGGGCAGUCAACCGCAAAGACAGAGACGGGAAACACAUGGAGAAACACACAAGCAAGGCAGCCCAAUACUAAAACGAAGCCCUGACAUCACCAAAUCACCACUGACGAAGUCAGAACAACUUCUGAGAAUAGAUGACCAUGAUUUCAGCAUGAGACCAGGUUUCGGAGGUCCUGCAAUUCCUGUGGGAGUAGAUGUACAAGUUGAGAGUCUGGAUAGUAUUUCAGAGGUGGAUAUGGACUUCACCAUGACCCUUUAUCUGAGACACUACUGGAAAGAUGAAAGACUGUCCUUCCCAAGCACCAACAACCAAAGCAUGACAUUUGAUGGCAGGCUAGUGAAAAAAAUUUGGGUUCCUGACAUGUUCUUUGUACAUUCCAAGCGCUCCUUUAUCCAUGACACCACCACUGACAACGUCAUGCUACGGGUCCAGCCAGAUGGGAAGGUACUUUAUAGCCUCAGGGUCACAGUAACUGCAAUGUGCAACAUGGAUUUCAGUCGCUUCCCCCUGGACACACAGACGUGUUCACUGGAAAUUGAAAGUUAUGCCUACACUGAAGAUGAUCUAAUGCUGUACUGGAAGAAUGGGAAUGAUUCCCUAAAAACGGAUGAGAGGAUAUCGCUAUCCCAGUUCCUUAUACAGGAGUUUCACACCACCACAAAGCUUGCCUUUUACAGCAGUACAGGGUGGUACAAUCGCCUGUACAUUAACUUCACUUUACGCCGCCACAUCUUCUUCUUCUUGCUGCAAACCUAUUUCCCUGCCACUUUGAUGGUCAUGCUGUCCUGGGUGUCUUUCUGGAUUGAUCGCAGAGCUGUACCUGCCAGGGUCCCUUUAGGAAUAACUACGGUACUGACCAUGUCUACAAUCAUUACUGGUGUAAACGCCUCCAUGCCUCGAGUUUCCUACAUCAAAGCUGUGGACAUUUACCUCUGGGUCAGUUUUGUGUUCGUCUUUCUCUCAGUGUUGGAAUAUGCAGCAGUGAACUACCUGACAACGGUGCAAGAGCGGAAAGAGAGGAAACUGCGAGACAAACUUCCUUGUACUUGCGGACUACCUCAGCCCCGGCCCAUGAUGAUGGACGGCAGCUACAGCGAUGGGGAUGUGAAUGAACUGGGACACUAUGUGUCUGAGAAUGGAGAUAAACAAGACAGAAUGAUGAUGCAGCUGACACUUGGUUCUGAAAGGAGUUCAAGCAGGAGGAAAAGCCAGAGAUACGUCAGCAUGCGCAUCGACACUCAUGCCAUUGACAAGUAUUCCAGAAUAAUAUUCCCAGGCUCAUACAUUUUAUUUAAUUUGAUAUACUGGUCCAUUUUUUCAUAAAUAUCAGUUAUUUCUCUAGUCAGUUUCCACAUGUCGCACUGUGUUACUGUUUAAAAUUAACAUCUAUCAUGCUAAUAAACAGAAAAUGGAGGAAACACUUAAUUUUAAUG